AUGGAAUUCGCGCCCGAGUCGUCGUCGGCUGGUCCGAGCGGCUACGGUCAGAUGUUCUACGAGCAGCAGCAGCAGCAGUUUCCGUUCGUUGACGAGGAACAGCCGAGCACUUCGACCGCCGCAUCGGUGCCCGUUUCAGUCCAACCGAAGAUGGAAGCCGAAACUGUAAGUGCAAGUGAGAAUUUGGUCGCGUGUGUGCGCACUGCGGGAGACUUGUCCUUCUCUGUUUUUUCUUGCUUCCGUCAAUUUUCGACACCUUCUUCUUCUUCCCCCUCUUUUUCGUUGCCUCCGCGCCUCGCUCCUCGCUCGCAGAUAGGGAUCUUCGGCGAUCGGAGGAAUCUCGACUAGCCUUUUCCUCCGUCUCACUUCUUCUUUUAUUGAUUCCUCAUACUUCUCCGUUCCAGAAUUAUGUGAACUGGCAGCUUGAUGAUCGUAGUGCCGCCGUGCUCAACGACAACGUUCGCACGUUCAUCUACAACCGCACAGAUCCUCACAUUCAACACGACAUGCGCACUUUCUAUAAUCUGAUGGAGCACGAGGAGGCUCUUCAGCCCAACUAUCACUACUUUACGGCGGUGCAAGAACACGUCACUCCGUUUCACAGGGAGCAAGCAGUUGACUGGAUCUUCGACGUGGCACAGGAAGAGAAGUGCGACGGGGACGUCUACCUGCUCGCCGUCGCAAUCAUCGACCGCUUCCUUUCGUUCCAGAACAUUCUGAAGCACGACAUUCAGGUGAGAAACGUUAGCAUAGUUUGGAAAUAAGACACCGUUAUUCCUGCAGAUGAUCGCCGGAGUUGCUCUGUUUAUUGCCAGUAAACUGAAGGCUCCUCAUCCGUUGACAGCUUCCAAGAUCGCCUACUACUCGGAUAACACUUGCCCCAUCGAUAUGCUCCUUCAAUGGGAGUUGCUCAUCGUGACCACCCUGCAAUGGGAGACCGAGUCGCCGACCGCCUUCUCCUUCUUCGAUCAACUCGCCGCCCGGAUCCCACAGAUCCACAAUCUGCGUGGACCGUUCCAGCUGACUGUCCAAAAGUGUCAACGAAGUGAGUUCCAUUUCCGUCUUCAGUCGUUUUUUGUUUCGCCGCCGGGCGCGUGCCUGUUCUAAGUACGUCUUCUAAUCUCCAAAAUCGAAGUAGUUUUUUGGCCAUUCCUGUCCCCCUUUUGGGCCAGUGUCUUUUGUACUUUUUCUGCGGCCGCCCAGGGUGGUGGUGCCCCGGGAGGCGCCCCGCAUCAGACAAGUUUUUUUGAUGGGUGGUCGUUUAUGUGCUGGUGUCCGCCUUCUGCUGUGCGGUAGGUCGGGACGGGAAGACACCGUUGCAUUUGCAUAAAAUUGGCAAUUGAAGACGACACAGGAAAAAAGGGACGUCUUCUGGAGAGAGAGAGAGAGAGAAGUAUGAAAAAAAGAGGGAAAAUCGAGUUACCCAGUAGAGGAGCUGGUUGGUAGAACAAAGAAAGUCUGAAACUGUCAUUGCCGCUAAUCUCCCGCAGAUCCUUCCUUCCACGUAACCCCUCUAUGCAAACAAACAAGUUCUAGUGUUCUGAGAAUUCGCUCCAGGAGGUCUGUGUCUAAUGAGCUUAGUCCUCUUUCUUCCCCCUCAUCGGACAUCUUUUGACGAUUGGUCUGAAGGCGUGCAGGAAAAAGGAGGAGAAGAAGAAGAAAGACACUAUUUCCAUAGACAAACAGUGGAACAAGUUGAUUUUGUGUUAGUUUUUGCGUACGGCUCAUUGGCCAUUUGACACGCGUUGACCUAGGAUUGGGUGAAGGUUUAGCGCCUUUGUCGCCAUCACAGAUAUCGCCAGAUACAAAGUGAGUCAGUGCCAGGUACACACCACUACGUUUUUUCGCCUUUGUUCUCAGCCGGCCGGGUGACACACUGAGAGCGCCCUCUAAAAAAUGACUAUGUCCGUGGGGGUCUGAGAGAGAGAGUCGUAGUGACAACCACCAGAAGGAGACCAUCUGUCCGGCCACAGUAUCAGCCACAAGUCCUAUCCGCUUCCGAUCGAAUCCUUCCGUCAAUCUGCGAUGAGCACACAAUACACGCAUAUGACGUGGCUUUUAAUGAUGGCCUAAUGAGGAGGAAUUAGCUGAUUGACUGUAAAUAACGGCGCGUGACACGCUAAUGGAGCACUCACAGGUGGCCGUUUCCAUUUGUUUCAUUCCCUGAAAUUUGGGCGCCACCGGUAAUUUGGCAGAUAACCAUCUAGAUGGGCCGGCGGCGGAGCUCUUAGAAAUCCAAACCGUUUAAUUGUCACGGAUCACUUGACACCGCCUAAGGCAACAAUUAGAAGGCUCGUGUGAAGGCGUCUAGAAGCCCUUGAACACAUGUCGCCCUAAUCCGCUCGCUUCGUACCGUUUGAAGUGACCUCCAAGACGAGGACUGGCUUACUGUAAAUGAUCGACAGUUUAUUUGAACUAACUUCCGACGGGCGGUCCUUUGCAACAUGAUAUGAGCGAAUGGCAAUCGAUCACUCGUAUGUUUGCCAUUCCUCCACAUCUCCUAAUGGAUGUUCUCUCCACGGAUUAACAUGAAGUUAUGUCCAUUGCGCCCACCUGGCGCGUGCCUACCGUACUGUUGAUUUAUGCCAGAAGGCAGAUAUUUGGGCUAGAUUAUGAAAACGGAGGAUGCGUGGGCGGACUAUUCUCCUUCCCCUUCCACUGAUUUAUGACGAGCCGUGUUGUGUUGCGUCGCGGGUUCAACAAAGAAAGUUACGCGUUGUCGCAACAGGACGGGGCUCUUUCUGAUCGGCGACGACGACAUGUGUACAUUAUUAUGAUGGAAUAAAUUCCUCGAGGUCACCGACGACAACUGGCCGAUGGAAAUUCAAAUUCGACUGAUGAAGCUCGAGGAUGACAAGGGACAGGACUGUAUUCUAUUCUCCUCAUUAAUGUUGCAUACCAAAUUGACCUAAUUGAUUGACGUGCCGGAAUUUGAAUUGGAAUUGGAAUUGGCUCUCUUCCUUCCUUCCAUCCGGGGAUACUGUAGGCAGCUGAAGAAGCCAUCAAUCCGGUCAGAUCGCCCGUUUGACCAAUAUAAAUUCGUUCCUCCGGUCAAUUACCCCAGUGCUUUUUUCUUUUUCGAUGGCUUACGGGGAACGGAUGGCGCGUGUCAUCGAACACAAAAAGUGCGCUUUCAUAGCCUUCCGGUGAUCCAAUUGGUCCAUGUGUUCCAUCCGUUUUCAAAUCUUCCGCACACACACACACAUUUCUAUGCACAUCAUCGUCAUCGUCUUAAUGCCACCGACCAGCUGUCGGCGGUGCAUUCAAUUAUGCAACACAAGUCCGUUUUUUUGCGCGAUCCUCCACACAGAGACCGUACUGGCAACAGGUGCUCUGCGAGCCGUAAAAGCCCUAAUUGCGCCUGAUAUUUGAAAUGCGCAAGAAGCUUUGAGAAGAAUGUGCUAUGACGAUGGCGCAAUCCGGGUCAAAGUUUACGUCACCAAGGGUCAGACGAUAUCCGAACCACUACGUCACCAACUGUUGAGAUCUCUCCGAGUCGGGGGUCUGAAUUUGGCGGUGGAGUGUGAAAUUUCAAAAAGUAACCAUUACGGAACGACCUCGGUUUGCCUUUCACCUACAGUACCAAGUUUAUGUUAGCAUAGAUAAGCGUCUCAACGGACUGGCCUCCCACCAUCUUUAACCGUUUCUCCGUUUCGAAAAAUUCGAUUUUGGCGCGUCUGUCUCCCUCAGAAUGUUUCGUCCGCAAGGUGUGAAAACGCGCACUUUCCCCUGAAAACAGUGUGAACGGGGCAGGAGACGCAGACAUUCGACUCGUUCCGAGAUAAUCAUCUCAAAUACGGACGAAGACACACACGGGGGUGAGGGUGGCCUUUGCCUCAAAAAAUCUUCGCGAAAUGAGAAGUGAAUGAUGGAAAUCGAAACCUUGAACAAGCGAAGACGCGCGAGCGAUGAUUGGCAUCCGAGUGAUGAAUGAGACUAAACCGAUUCAAUUUUCAGUGCACAAACUGGCGACGCUGUUCCCUUCGAUGCAAUGCGCCAUCGCCCUCUACUACGUCUCCAGAAGAGACGACGCAUGCGUUGAACUCGCGUUGGCCAUCCGAAACCUUCUUGCGAGCAUGUUCCAGCUUCAAGUGGUAAGACAUAACAAUACAUCGGACACGAUCCUAAACUCUUGAUUUUCCAGAACCUCCUCGAUUCGUACAUGCCAAUGGUUGAGCGCUGCCUGAAUCCUGCUCCAAUCUACAGCUCCGAAGAGAGCAUCCGAGCGGAAGCGGCACCGGCUCAAGCUUCAACUGCAGCUCCAGCCUCAGCACCGCUUGCAGUUCAGGAGCUGUCCCCAAAGGAGCUGUCGCCGAUCCUUGAGACAAUCUCCGGAUUCGAGACUCCAGAAGAACCGGAAGUACACGAGGAGCUGCCAAAGGAACCAUCGACCUCUCAGGACUACACCGUCCCUCUUCAAAUCUUGGAUCAGAUUCCCGAGUCGGAUCAGACGCCCUCUACUCCGCUCAACGACUCCGGUUCUGCUCGGACGUCUCCUCUCCCUCUUCCUCGGAGAAAAAACGACGUCGUUGCAGUUCGGGCGGUCUGGAUGACGACUCCACUCCUCCGAAGAUCUUCAAACACUUCUAG